CUUUCUCUCCCCCAGGUCAGUGGGAUUUAUUCACCCACACUCGUGUAUAUACUGCCAUAAACAAGUUUGAUCCAUUAUGCCAUACUAUCCAUACUUCAGCCUUGAGAAGGUUUUUCAGGAUGCUUUUGAAAUAUAUAUAUUGCCUGAUGAGGAACAGGAAGAUGAUGAGGAAGAAAUGGAAGAGGAGGGGGAAGAAAUAGAAGAGGAGGAGGAAGAAAUGGAGGAAGAGGAAGAGGAGGAAGAGGAAGAGGGGGAGGAAGAAGACUAUGAUGAUGAAGAGGAAGAGGAAGGAACAGGAGAGGAGGAGGAAAUAGAAGUGGAGGAAGUGGAAGAAGAACUGGAAGAGGAGGAAAUAGAAGGAGAUAUAGAGGAAGUGGAAGAGGAAGAAGAAGUUGAACAGGAAGAGUAUGAAGAAGAGAUUGAGGAGGAGGAAUGGGAGAGCAUUGAUGGUGACACGGUGUCUUUCACAUUAUCUGCCACUUUAAAGAUCUCUUUACCUUCCUGUCCUUCCCCACCUUCCACCUUCUCAUCUCAUCCUCUGAUCUGGGGCAAUCCCAGUGGGAUGGAAGAGUCUGUUGCCUGGAUGAUGAAUAUUUCCCAAAGUCAUCAGAGCUUGUACACCUUCACGGCAUGUAGCAACUUGGAUGAAGAAUACAGCAGCCAGGAAGAAGAGAGUUUAAACACUUUCUCAUGGAGAAAACGUCAAAACCAAAAGGUGACUGAACUGGUGAAUCUCCUGAUCCUCAAAUAUAGAAAGAAGGAACCCAUCAAAAAGGUGGAAAUGCUCACAGUUGUCCCAGAAGACUACGAGAAUCAAUUCCCCAUUAUCUUUGAGGAAGCUUCUAAGUGCUUGGAGAUGAUUUUUGGCAUUGAUAUAAAGGAAAAUGAUGCUGUAAGCAGUUCUUAUGUCCUGACCAACACACUUGGCCUCACAUAUGAAGACACGAUGACUGACAACCAGCGACUGCCCAGAAAUGGCUUCCUGAUAGUUAUUCUGGGUGUGAUAUUCAUAGAGGGAAACUGUGCCUCUGAAGAAAGCAUGUGGGAAUUCCUGAAUAUGAUGGGAAUAUAUGAUGGGAAGGAGCACUUCAUUUAUGGGGAGCCCAGGGAGUUCCUCACUAUAGAUUUAGUGCACCAAAAUUACCUGAAGUAUCAGCAGGUGCCCAAGAGUUAUCCUCCACGCUAUCAGUUCUUAUGGGGUCCAAGAGCCUACUCUGAAACCACCAAGAUGAAAGUUCUUGAGUUUUUGGCCAAGCUUACAAGUAGGGCCCCAACUCAUUUCUCAUCCUUAUAUAGUGAGGCAUUCAGAGAUGAGGAAGGCAGAGCCGGAGUUUGAAACAGCCCCUCAGCUUAGUACCAUGUUGAUAACAACAUGAGGCAGCCUAAUAUCUGGUUUGAAAGAGGACAAGCACAAUUUUCAGUAAAGGAGGGUCAUGUUUAAUGUGGGUAUGUGUAGAACACAGUGUGGGGCAACUUCGUGUUUUGGUUCAAAAUGAUAGUUGUUUCUUUAUUUUUCCUUUAUGGGUACUUUCUCCAAUUGUAGUUAAUGUGUGUUACAUCAUCUUUGCAAUGUGAGUUUGUGAGUGCUUAUAAUUUCUUUAUUGUCUUAUCUGGUUUUGUGAAAAUAAAGAGGAACUAUUCAAUGGUUAAUCUUUGGGCUCCUUUAAUCCUUCUAGUCAACUCUAAAAUGUGUACCUAAAGUGAUUUGUUUAAUAAAAUAGGAAAAAGGAAUAAAUCUUA